ACAGUUCGUUCUCUGGAUUCUAAUGAUCAAGAUCUCAUUUUUAUUGACUAAUCCCAUUUGGGUUUUGCAGGAAUCAACUUCUAAGACGUCAAUAAACCAUGUUUGAUCAAGAGGGGACAACCACCAUGUCUGUUGAGGAGGUGAGAAUUCGUGGGGAGCUAGAGAAGGAAAUUGAGAGGGAUUUGGAGGAAGAGAUCAAAGACGGAAUCUAUCGAUUGGCGUUGCGUUUGCAUCGGUUUUACUUGCGCGAAAAGGAAAGGAAACAUGGUAGUCUAGCAAAUGAGGAAGAAGCAAUCACUCAAGUGAGUAUUACCAUAAGGAUGGAAGGUGCCACAAAAGUGGAGAUUGACGAGAACAAGAAGAAUGGUCGUGAAAAUGCACGUCCUCGUACUUCAAGUUCGGCUGAGAGUGGGCAUGUCAUGGUCCGUGCCAAGGCGAAGAAAUUCGAUUGGGCCGGAAGCCUUAGGUCCGAACCUCGAGUCCCAAUUACCAAUGAGAAGGAGAAACAAUGGGUGAAAUGAUCUCAUAGAGAAUUUAAUCAAUGAGAUAAAUAAAUUGUGAAACAAUAUUGGGUAUAUAUGAUAACAUAUUUUUUAAAUUAUUUUCAAACAUAUUUUAUUAUAACCCCAAAUUCAUU